UUCCAAAAACAUCGCACGAGAAGAAACAUCGAACCUUUCCGGUUGUCAAAAUCGCAGGCCGAAAUGGGUGUAAAGUACGAGAUUUGUGUUGGUCUCAACAAGGGACAUAAAACCAGCAAAAUCAGGAAUUUGCGUUACACAGGAGAUCGCAAAGUGAAGGGACUCCGCCCCGACAGGCUAAAAUGCGUCCAGACGAAGCACACUAAAUUCGUCCGGGAUAUCGUACGUGAGGUGGUAGGACAUGCUCCAUAUGAGAAGAGGUGUAUGGAAUUGCUGAAGGUUUCCAAGGAUAAGCGCGCCCUGAAGUUCCUGAAGCGACGCCUUGGCACCCACAUCCGUGGCAAGAGGAAGCGUGAGGAGCUCUCCAACAUCCUGACACAGAUGCGAAAGGCUCAGGCCCACGCCAAGUAAUUCUAUUGUCCUCCGUGGUGGUGAAGAGAAAUAAAGAAGACAAAAAGAAUUUA